AUGCUCCCCUCGAUCCCCGCCGCCAGCGGAGAUGCAGACGAUGGACGGGCCGGCUUCCCGCCGGCGUACCCGGGCGGCCGCCUGUUCGGCCAUGCUACUCUUGCUUCUGGUGGUGGUGGUAAGCUUGCUGCACCCCUCUUUCCCGAUCGGUGUAUCCCUGCAGUUGCGUCGCGAAGCUGGCCGCUGCCUGCGCUUCUAUGUAUAAGUCAGCAAGGCUACCCCGCACGAUGCAAGUUCGCGAAGACGUGUCAUUUUGACAAAAUCGCGAACCAUUCGAAAGCCUCAGACGGGAUGGAUCUCGCCGUGCUGCCCUCCGCCGCCGGGAGCGCCUCGCCUGACCCGCAAGCGGCGCUACAGCAAGCAGUCGACGACUUCCGGGGUAUCCUGACAGACCAGCAACGCCGUAAGCUGAGCCAACUUGGUGCGAUUUGCGAUGCCGACACCGUCUUCAUCUUCAUGUCGCAGCUUGACCAUGAGAACCGGGCAGUCCGUCCUGGUGUCGCAAGUCGCUUCUAUUCCGUCCUUCGGUGUGUACAGACGUUUUCCAGUGUGGUCGAGACGUUUGUCGCGUCGCACCCAGAGAUUGCCGCUCUGGUCUGGGGAAGUUUCAAGAUGACCAUGCUUAUUGCGGUCAACUUCACGUCAUACUUUGAGGCUCUCUCUAGCCUUUUCAUGACGGUCAAGAAUCAGUGUCCGCUCUUUGCCGAGUAUCAGGCACUGUACCCUACAUCUACAAGACUUCAAACUGCCCUUUGCGACUUUCACGCGGCCAUCAUCCGUUGUUGCAAGCACGUGGUUGAAGUGCUCCAACGAUCGUGGACGCAGCUGCUGAAGAAGGCCAUUUUUCAGUCCUUCCAGGAUGAGAUGAAGGCAGACAUGCAGAGCAUUCAGACAAAGGGCGCGGACGUAAAGGAGGAGAUAUUCUUGGCCGCAGCACGCGCGCAACGCGACGAUGAGGCGCUCCAGGGUAAAGAAAGAAAAGUUGCAUCUCAAAUUGGGUCGGGAAAGAGCGUCUUGUGGUUUGUAUUUCGCCUUUGCCCCGUGUUUCAAUGUUCACUAAGACGUGGUAGUUCAAAUGUUGUCAAUCAUAUCUUCCGGAAUAAGGGCCGUGACGAACAAGCCUCGUUCUUCUUCGUGGAACGUGGUAAAUCCGAAUCCCUUGAAGCCGAAACAAUGAUCCGAUCGUUGAUACGGCAAUUCAUUGACCCUAAAGCGAUGCCAGAGUACGUUUACAACGAACUCUGCCGACUAGACCGCGCCAUCUUCAUCAAGCUCGACACAUGGAUUGACUUGCUUCGAGAAAUAGUCCAGCAACCAACAACCUUUUACAUUAUAAUCGAUGGCCUUGAUGAAUGCGAGACGGUUGAAAGACGAGAAAUAUUACAUGCACUGUCGCUCUUUGCCACUGCCGCAUCAAAUUUACGAGUAUUCCUCUCGAGUCGCGACAGCGUUCACUUGGAUCUUGGAGGUGGAUCUCUCAACAUGCAGCGAAUUUCCAUGGCAGGCGACUGCCUCACGGCCGACAUUCGCAGUUAUGUCGAACAGUCUAUCCAAGAACGACUGCAAAGAGAAGAGCUGGCAUUCGGGGAUACCGAGCUGUUGGCGGAAGUGAAUGACGCCCUGACUCUGCACGCAGACGGGAUGUUUCUUUGGGUUACUUUUCUUAUCGACGAGAUUUGCGCUGCAAAUUGCGAUGACGAAGUUCGACAAUCCUUGCGCAGAUUACCAAAGAACUUGGAAGAAACCUUUGCGCGAGCACUUUGGCGUAUCUUGUCUCGAUCGCGGCACCCAGAGCUCGUACAGAAGGCAUUUCAAUGGGUAGCAGUAGCGAGACGACCCCUGACACUGGAUGAGCUACGCGAAGCUAUCUCGAUCGAGAUAGGACAAAAGAGCUGGAGACGGGAGCGUAUUCCCCAAAACAUAAACCGAAUCGUUGUGUGGUCCGAGAAUCUGCUUCACCUCACAGAAGAGGAACCCAUUCAAGUCCAGUUUGCUCAUGCCAGCAUCCGUGACUUCAUAACCGGCGAAGCCACAUCGCCUCAACUGUCCAAAUUUCACGCUAAUGUUGCUGAGGCAGACCAUUUCGCCGGCGAGAUCUGCGUGACGUACCUAAGCUUUAGUGAUUUUACAAAAUCCAUCGCCCGGCGACAGCGUCCCAUUCAUGUGAAGCCAGCAGACAUCACGGCCGCGGUUCUCAGCCAAGAGCCGAAGAUGGCACAUGUCUCUGGUCUCGUGACCAAGCUGGCCUUUGGCGGUGACAAGCCCAUGGCAGACGCGGACCUGACCAAUGUUGUCGCGAGAUGCAUCAAGACUGAGGACAGAAAAAUGGAAGAGCUCAAGAGUAGCCACCCGUUUCUCAAAUACGCGGCGAAAUACUGGUUCCCUCACACGACCAGGUUUCACGAGAAAAAGUCGGUGACUUGGGAUCUGUGGCUUCAGAUAAUGUCUGGGGGCUCCAGCCCGGCCGAGAUAUCAUGGCCUGGAUCACUGAUGCAGGAUGUGACCCAGUUGAUGCAGUGGAGCAUAGAAAGGCAGCACUACGCACUCACUCGCUACGCCUGUGGUAGUGAUGAACAUGCCCGCUUUACAGUGAAGAAUGUGAUGAUGAGUCUAGUAGUGGACGACAACACGGAGGACCUGGCCAUCUGGCUAAGGGCUGCAGAUUGGUCCUCGUACUGCCUCAAUGACUUGUUCCAAAUAGCGUGUGUAUUCGGACAGCGCAGGGCAGCCGAGUUGCUGCUUGACUUUGGAGCUGAGGUGAGCUUCGAGUGUGACGGGAGUGAGGAGAGUCACGUAUUGAUAUGUGGCACGGCUCUGCAGGCUGCAUCUAGAGGUGGAAAUGUUGACAUGAUCGACUGGCUUCUCGGUGCUGGGGCCGACCUCCAGGCCGACAAGGCCGGGUCUCACCACUACACGGCUCUGCAGGAGGCGUCUAGCCAUGGCUACUUGGAGGCUGUAGAGCGGCUGCUCGCCGCCGGCGCCGAUGUAAACGCCGCUCCCUCUAAAAACGGCCAAACAGCAAUACAGGGGGCAUCUAGAGGCGGCCAUGUUGGCGUGGUGGAACGGCUGCUCGCUGCGGGCGCGGAAGUGAACAUCGUUGCCGCUAGGUGGAAUGGCCUGACGGCUCUGACAGCGGCAUCUCAGCGCGGCCACCUCGGCGUAGUGAAGUUGCUGCUUAACGCAGGGGCAGAUGUCAACGAUGCCAGCUCGACUCGCGACGAGACCUGCACAGCUUUGCAGAUCGCAGCCAGCGCCGGGUAUGCGGAUGUGGUGGACGAGCUGCUUGCGGCUGGGGCAGAUAUCGAUGCACCUUCGAGAGAUGGGAGGACGGCUCUUGAUUUCGCCCGGGGCGAAGAGUAUUUGGCUAUCCUCGGCAGCGUCGUCCCAUCUGAAAACGCACCGGCUGCGUGGGGAAAGAGAAAGACUGGUCGAGGCAUUAAGAAAGACUUAAUCACAGGGUCACCUCUGCACACGGGUCACCUCUGUAAGAGUGGUUUUAUGAGGUGA